CAGCGGCAGCAGCCCCGCCAGCGCCGCCGCCCCCCGCUCCGCCAUCCGCCCCCGCACGACUUCCGGCGCGCCGACCGGAAGCGGAACCCCCGGAAGCGCCCUCCCCACGGCCAAGAUGGCGGCGCCCAGCGGGAGGCGGCCGCUGAGAGUGCUGUCGUGCGGGGACGUGGAGGGCCGCCUGGGCGCCUUGUUCGGCCGCGUGGAGGCGGUGCAGAAGCGGAGCGGCGCCUUCGACCUGCUCUUGUGUGUCGGGAAUUUCUUUGGCUCUGCUGAAGACCCAGAAUGGGAGGACUACCGCACAGGAGCAAAAAAAGCUCCUAUUCCAACAUAUAUCUUGGGUGCCAACAAUGAAGAAACCGUUGGUUACUUUCCCGAUGCCAGCGGAUGUGAACUUGCUGAGAACAUCACUUAUCUGGGGCGCAAAGGUGUUUUCAGUGGAGCCUCUGGACUUCAGAUUGUGUACCUCAGUGGUGCUGAGUCCCUGGGGGAGCCGGCCCCAGCACACUGCUUUAGCUCCAAGGAUGUGACUGACCUCAAAACAUCAUUGCUGUCUACACCAAAGUUCAAAGGCAUCGACAUCUUGCUGACUUCAUGUUGGCCCAGAGGCGUAGAGAAAUUUGGACAGAGCAGUCAUGGUGACGUGGACACUAAGAAAUUUGGUUCAGGGCUAGUAGCUGUACUGGCUGGCAGUCUAAAGCCAAGAUACCAUUUCAGUGCUCUACAGAAGAUCUACUAUGAAAGACUUCCUUACAGGAACCACACUGUUCUACAGGAGUCUGCACAGCACGUGAGCAGAUUCAUAGCCCUGGCAAAUGUUGGCAAUGAAGACAAGAGAAAGUACCUCUACGCGUUCAGCAUCCUUCCCAUGAGCUCCAUGGAGCCUGCAGAGUUAGUCAGGCAGCCCCAGGAUGUCACGGAGAACCCGUUCCGGAGGUCUGGAGGAUGGGAUCGUGGCCCUCAGCACCUGUCGGAAGCAGAGGGAGAGCCCGUCCGCCAGUAUUUCUUCGAUCUGAGCAGCAAGCCCAAGGGAAAGAAGCGGCCUCCUGAGGGCCCAGCCAGGCAGCACCCCCAGGCCAAGCGCCCCCCUCGCAAGCCCCCCCUGCCGCCCGCCGCGUGCUGGUUUUGUCUGGCGAGCCCAGAGGUGGAGAAGCAUUUGGUGGUGAGCAUUGGGACACAUUGCUACCUGGCCCUCGCCAAGGGGGGGCUCUCUGCGGACCAUGUGCUGGUUUUGCCCAUUGGGCACUGUCAGUCCAUGGUUGAACUUGCUUCAGAGGUCGUGGAGGAAGUGGAGCAAUACAGAUCCUCACUGAAAAGGUUUUUCAGAAGCCAGGGGAAGAGAUACGUGGCAUUUGAGAGGAACUACCGGAGCCAGCAUCUCCAGCUGCAGGUGGUCCCCGUGCCCCAAGACUGCUGCACAAUGGAAGAGGUCAAGGAGGCCUUCGUCGCCCAGGCAGAGGAGCAGCAGAUUGAAUUGCUGGAAAUCCCAGAACAUUCAGCACUCAAGCAAAUAGUGCAGCCCGGAACGCCUUAUUUUUAUGUCGAGCUGGAUACUGGGGAGAAGCUCCUCCACCGCAUUGGGAAACAUUUUCCCUUGCAGUUUGGCAGGGAAGUGCUUGCCAGCGAGGCCAUCCUCGGCAUGCCUGGCCGGGCGGACUGGAGGAGCUGCCAGGUGGGGAAGGAGGAAGAAGCAGCCGCCGCCCAAGCGUUCCGCCAGGCCUUCGCGCCCUUUGACAUCGCCCAGGAGGACUGAGGGCCUGACCACGAGCCACGGAGCAGCCGUGUCCCUGCGGGAUCCACCCCUGCAGUGCAGACCCCCCCCCCAACGCUUUCCAGCCGUGAGCGCUUCUGAGCUGGCUCCAGGGCUGCCUCCUCCUCCCCCAGGCAGACGCAGCA